AUGCAAACACUGGUGCCCAGUAUAGUUCCCCUACCUGCCAAAUCUCCCUCGAAACAAGAUCUGACGCAAGCUGAAGUACCUAUGGAGUUAUCUACAGUAACACCUGGAGGAGAAGAUGAAUGGGAAUUAAAGUUUUAUGAUCAAGUGAAACAAGAUUCUAGUGUUCCUGCCUAUUUUAAGACCACCCUAGGAAUCUUGGUGGCCAAUAAUCAGGAUCUUCGGAAAGAAAGAGCAUUCCUUCACAAUCAUCUCAGUCGAUCUCGACCGUAA